GAUGUGCUCAGAAACAAGCAGAGUUCAAAGGGGGGGUCUCACCCUCUCUGCCCUCUCCAACACCCCUCCACUCCCUCCUCUUUCCCAUGUACCAGCAGACAGCUGCCGGACUGCCUCCAUUCAUCUCCUCCGGACUUUCCCUUCCUCCUCUCCUGCGCUCCGACAUUAUCCCUCAGCCGGAUAUCAAGGCAGGUCCUGUCGGGGCAGGAGAGAGGCUUGUGUAAUCACAGCCUCCAUGCUUUAGAGGAAGACAGGAGAAGAAGAAAACCAUAACCUCAGGAGUGGAGUCUGGGUGACGGAGACCAUGCCGGGCUCGGUGGUGCUGCUGCUGUCCCUGCUGGUGCUCUCCGCCGGCAGUCAUGCCAGAAGAAUCAGGAAAAGAGGGCUCAGCCAGAAGGACUACGAGUACCCGGGUCACCCCCAGUCCACGCAGCACCAGAAGAACGACCGCUGUCCGCCUCCGCCGCAGAUGCUCCCAGAGCGGGCCUGCGAGGUUCCCGGCUGCCGCUCCGACUCCGAGUGCGAGCGCCACAAACGCUGCUGCUACAACGGCUGCAUCUACGCCUGCCUGGAGUCGGUCCAGCCGCCGCCAGUGCUGGACUGGCUGGUGCAGCCGAAGCCUCGGUGGCUGGGGGGCAACGGCUGGUUGCUGGACGGGCCCGAGGAGGUCCUGCAGGCUGAGGCCUGCAGCACGACGGAGGACGGAGACGAGCCUCUCCACUGUCCCACAGGCUACGAAUGCCACAUCAUCAACCCAGGAAACCCUGCAGCCGGCAUCCCAAACCGAGGCCAGUGCAUCAGGCAGAGGACCAACUCUGAUGCUCGCGGUCUGAGACACAAAUACUUUAAGGACUACAAAGACUAUUUGGGAUCCAGCUCCAGCAACGCCGUCGGCUUUGAGAAACACCAUCACAAACAUCUGGGAUGAAAGUUUUUUUUCUUCUUUCUUUUUAACCACGAAGCCUUUCUCUGCAGUUCGCUCAUGAAUCGGACCUCAGUCAUCAGAUCUCUCUGGUUUGAUCUGAUCAGGUCUGAAUCCAGAUCGAUUCUUUAAAGACACUUCAGUCCCGUGAUCCGCUGGAUUAUUCAGCCAAAGAAAUCGGAAAUCUGUUUAAUGAAGGGUAUUAAUGUUCACCAAAGCUGUAAAUGUUUAUAAAAAAGGAUAUUUUAGACAUUUUCAAAUAUUAAAAGUAACUUUAUUUAGGAUUUAAAUCUAAUUUAGCAAGAACUUUGUAUCUUAAAUGAGUAAGAAUCCAUCUUUUCUUCUAUUCUUUCAUCACUUCCCACCUGUACUUUUAUCAGGUUUGUCUGUUCUUGGUGCUGGAAUUGAUCAAAGUCUAUUAUUCAAAUGCAAACAGUGUCAAGUUUAGCUGUUUUUCUGGUGCUAACGUCUCUAAAUGUUCCUGCAGAACUGAGGAAUGAAGUUGCUAUUUUUUUGAAAAGGCAGAAAAAUGAAAGAUGUUUGUGUCCAAAAAUCAUCGUCGGAUUAUUUCUCAGUUAGUUCAGAGUUAAUGUAUGGUCUGUCAACACCCUAAAAACUAAUUAAAACUAAAUAUUAACUUGUGUUUUUCUCAUGAAAACUCCUAUGAUCUGCUUUAUUCAGAACUUCUUCUUAAACUUUACCGGUUAUUUUCAUCCUGUUGAACUUUAGUUAAGAGAGACGAGAUCUCUUUCUCGGAGGGAAUUAAAUCAUUUUUAAGUUCAAAUUUACCUUUAGGUAGUGUCAAUAAUGUGUAGAUUUUGAGAGAAUAUUUGUAAUUUUUUGUGUCAUAAACUCAAAUGUUCAUGUGGUGCUUUUCUUACAGAGAAAUAAGCUGAAAACAGAACAAAAACCAUUUUCUGUGCUGACGUGUGAACGCUGCAACCGGUGCUUUUUAUUUCUAAAUAAACACUAUUAAUGGUAAAAA